ACCUCAAUCUGCCGCCUCCCUCUUCUCCUCUUCCGUCGGCUCUCCCUCCUCCAAGCAUCGGAUCUCAAUUUUCACCCCAUUUCUGCGGCCGAAAUUCGAAUCAAAAGUUUACUCAAGAUCUCUAGGCUGAACAAAAUGACGAAAGACCGUCUCCUCAAAGCCUUGAUAUCGAAAUCCACCGGCAAGACCGCCGGCAGGAACUCCUCCGGCCGCAUCACCUCCUUCCACCGCGGCGGCGGAUCGAAGCGGCUCCAGCGAACGGUCGAUCUCAAGCGCAACACUCCGGCGACUGGAGUCGUGGAGAGGAUUGAGUACGAUCCCAAUCGAUCCUCUCGCGUCGCCCUCGUUCGCUGGAUCGACGGCGUCAAUCUCCUGCGUCGAGGUCAGAGGAAGACCGACGAUCUCUCUCCCUCGGCGGAAAGUAAAGUUCUAGAAUUUUCCAUCUCCUCGGUUUUCUCGCUCUCGACUCUCCCCAUAGAUGCGAAGGGAGAGAAUCCAACUGUUUUGCCCAGUUUGUUAGGGUUUCGUUUCCCGAGGAUCGCUGUAGCUGGAGCAAGGCCGGCAUUUUUCGCUCCUCGAGCAGCGGGAGAGGAAGCCAUUGGAGAGAAUUUGACUCUUGAUGAGAUCCGGAGGUGGAAGACUCGGUCGAUUGAUCGGAAAGCAGCCCUUUCGUGGCAAAGCUCGGUGAUUGUGGAAUCGAAACCUAAGCUUGAACAUGCUCCUUAUAAGCCUAAAGUAGGCAAAGGGCCAAAGGAGGGCUGUGUGCCUGUCAGUUAUAUUAUAGCUAGCGAUCAUUUGGAGCCUGGGAAGACUAUUGUGAACUGUGAUUUGCCCAAACCUUUGCAAAGCAAGAAGCUUUUGCUGGUUGAUCAUGGUGCUGAUAUGCAGAAGAAGCUACAUGAGAUUAGCUAUGAGAGGCUUGAUUUGAGUUUGCAAGUGGGUAAUUGCAUGACUUUGAUUGAUAUAAGAAUGGGAUCAUGGGUACAUGAUAUUGAGUUGCGCCCGGGUCAAGGUGCAAAGCUGGCUCGAUCUGCAGGAACCUAUGCUAAAGUGAUUAAGGAGCAAGACGCGCAAUGUCUGGUUCGGAUGCCUUCGGGUGUUGAGAAAUGGGUUGACUCUCGAUGCAGGGCUACUAUUGGAAUAGUUUCUAAUCCUGAACAUGGUGCAAGAAAGCUUAAGAAAGCGGGUCAGAGUCGGUGGAUGGGUAGGCGCCCUGUUGUUCGUGGUGUUGCCAUGAAUCCAGUGGAUCAUCCUCAUGGUGGAGGUGAGGGUCGUACUAAAGGAGGUAGACCUUCGGUUUCACCGUGGGGGAAGCCUACUAAGGGAGGGUUUAAAACAGUUCUGAAGGUUGCAUCAAAAGGCAAACUUUGAUUCAUGCCAUGAAUAACCAUAUUGAACGGAAGUCCUUUUUUUAUGCUUUUAUCUUGAGAAUAAAGAGCACAGAGAACCUUUGGCAGCAUUCUUAGAUUAAGAGGGUGAGGGUUUUGUAUGCCUACAAUUGGUACAGUUCUUGGGUUUCAUGCACACAGCUAUUACACUGCAGAACCAAGUAUAAUCAGCCUCCGCUAGUCUGAUUUCUUGAAGGAAGAGAACAGAUAAAGGUGUCAUUUAUCCUCAUCCUGUUAUAAUGUGAGGGGUUUUAUGUGGAUAGUUUGUGAGACUCAUGGAGAUCAAUCAGAAUUUUAAUUUCAGAACUGUAUUUAAGUUCAGACUAAAUUAAUUGUUGCUUUAAUGAA